GCAGUAUUGAACACUAAGUAAUGGCUAUGCAGCUGCAGCUUGAAGCAAAUGCAGAUACUUCAGUGGAAGAAGAGAGCUUUGGUCCACAACCUAUUUCUCAAUUAGAGCAAUGCGGCAUACAUGCCAAUGAUGUGAAGAAAUUGGAAGAAGCUGGAUUCCAUACUGUGGAGGCUGUUGCCUAUGCACCAAAGAAGGAGCUAAUAAAUAUUAAGGGGAUUAGUGAACCCAAAGCUGAUAAAAUUCUGACUGAGGCAGCUAAAUUAGUUCCAAUGGGUAUCACCACUGCAACUGGGUUCCACCAAAGGCGGUCUGAGAUCACACAGAUUACUACCGGCUCCAAAGAGCUUGACAAACUACUUCAAGGAGGAAUUGAGACUGGAUCCAUCACAGAGAUGUUCAGAGAAUUCCAAACUGGGAAGACCCAGAUCUGUCAUACGUUGGCUAUAACAUGCCAGCUUCCCAUUGACCAAGGUGGAGGUGAAGGAAAGGCCAUGUACAUUGACACCGAGGGUACCUUUAGGCCAGAAUGGCUGCUAGUAGUGGCUGAGAGGUAUGGCCUCUCUGGCAGUGAUGUCCUGGAUAAUGUAGCAUAUGCUCGAGGGUUCAACACAGACCACCAGACCCAGCUCCUUUAUCAAGCAUCAGCCAUGAUGGUAGAGUCCAGGUAUGCACUGCUAACUGUAGACAGUGCCACCGCCCUCUACAGGACAGACUAUUCGGGUCGAGGUGAGCUUUCCGCCAGGCAGAUGCACUUGGCCAGGUUUCUGUGGAUGCUUCUGUGACUUGCUGAUGAGUUUGGUGUAGCAGUGGUAAUCACCAACCAGGUGGUAGCCCAAGUGGAUGGAGCAGCCAUGUGUGCUGCAGAUCCUAAAAAACCUAUUGGAGGAAAUAUCAUUGCUCAUGCCUCAACAACAAGACUGUACCUGAGAAAAGGAAGAGGGGAAACCAGGAUCUGCAAAAUCUAUGACUCUCCUUGUCUUCCUGAAGCUGAAGCUAUGUUUGCCAUCAAUGCGGAUGGAGUAGGGGAUGCCAAGGACUGA